AUGCCCGAGUUAGGGAUGAGUGAUUCGUCGCACUGUAACGCUCCAGACGUGAGUUUGGAGCACGCGACUUUUCCCCAUCUCACUGGUGUUGAGUGGGAUGCCCUAAAUCGACUCGCGGCGAUAUCUGGAGAGGCAUUACUUGUGUCGCUGUUUAAAUUAGCGACUACAGAUGGACAGUGGCUUGCCAUGCACGCUUUCGUGGCCCGCGAGCUCGCCGAAUCAGAUCGGCGAGGUUUAAUUCCCUCGCGACUUUUACGGAACGAUGCCGUGAAGAUGGAGACCUCCGUCUAA